UCGGCGGCGGCUGCGCGGCGGCGACGUUAUGUUCCUCACGGCGGCGGCUCUGGCCAAGAGCAAAUCUAAGUACAUCCUGGUGAGGAUGAAAAGUGCAGCAGAGACUGGCUACUGUUUCAACGUCAGGAGGCUCCGAUUGCAGGAGAAGCUGGUGCUGCUGAGAUACGAUCCCAUUGCAAAACAACGUGUCCUCUUCACAGAGAAGAGAAAGAUCCGCUCUCUCUGAACAAUGACUGGACUUGAUUUAUGCAGGAGGAGAGGAUGGCUCGGGGGGAGGACAGGGUGAAUGCUGAUUCAGAAAUCCUGCACCAUGGGCUGAAAAGAGAGGAAAUGAACUGGGAUCACCGUCUCCUGUGAUUUGAAGGCCAUUGUGAAGAAAACAAUGUAGAGAGAGAAGAUUAUUAAUGUCUGAACAUAGAUCAUCACAGUAACAUUUAUUUAUCUUUUGAGUUAUUUUUACAGUACUCAAUUAAAAAAAAAUAAAUGGCA